AAACAACAACUGUGUUCGUUGGCUGUGCUUGGUUUUCUAUCAGAUGUAAAAUGGACGGGCGGUCGUGUCGCGCGUUCGCUUGCUCCGCGUGUUCGUUAUAAAAUCGAUGUUUAUUUUGACGUGAAUACGAAUAUUGUUUACGCGAUUGUUCGACUUCUUCGGUGUUUGGUUACCGGAGGAGAUUGUGUUGUGUUUGUCAUUUGUGUUUUUGACUAGCGUUCACGUUCACUCGGUGAUUUCGCUGAUAGCUCACUCGCCGGUGGGUGCGUGAUAAACUAUACGUGUAUAAAAAUAAGGCGAAUACUCGUCUAGUGUGGGUGUUUUACAGUACCACAAUGCUGUGUACGGUGACAUAGUGAACGUUGAAUUGACCCUGACCUCUGACAACCAUGUCUGGGCGGUCGGAUUGCAGGAAAUUUGCACCGAACAUCUUCAACAAGAGCAAGUGCACUAAUUGCUUCCGACAGAAGGAGGAGCAUAGUGCUGAGGCUUUGGAAUCCAAUCGGGCCAGCAGAAAGAUAUCGAAAUGCGGAUAUCUGUUCGUGGCGCCGGGCUGGGACUUCUCCAAUCCGCUCUACAGGACAAAGAGAUGGCAGCGGAGGUGGUUCGUUUUGUACGACGACGGAGAACUGACAUACUCCCUAGACGAACACCCUGACACAGUCCCGCAAGCCAGCGUGGACAUGACGACGGUCCUGGAGGUGAGCGACGCGGACAGCGUGACGGGCCACCCGCACAGCCUCGCCAUCACGGCGCCGGAGCGAGUCACCUUCGUCAAGGGCACCUGCAGGGAGGAGGCCAGGUGGUGGGCUGACGUGCUCAGUGUCUACCCCAGGAGCAAGGGUCGACACAAACGGAACGCGACGUUUCCCGGAGGUCAGACGGCGAGUCUGUUGCAAUCUUCAACAACGAGAAAAUACUCCGCAGACGCGUCGACUCUGCGGGACGCGGCGGAGUGCAGCGCGCGGCCGCGCUUCUGUGGCGGAGGCACCACCACGUGGCCCGGCCCGAGGGUGCAGCCGCCGCAGCCUGAGAUCGCCAGCAUGGCUGUCCCGACGAAUAUCGACACCAAAGUGUACACCGACCAGCCAGUGUCCUCCGCGUCGCCACCGACUCGGGACAAAAUCAACGGGGACGAGAAGGCGAGGUCGCGCCGCAGGGAUACCUGGCCCGAGCCUGCCACCACGCCGUCUACUGACGAAGUAAACGUGGUCCGCUCACCACUGCUACAGCAGCAACACCAGCAGUACGACGAGCAGCUGCGCGACAUAGCGGCGUCUCUCACGCGGCCACGGUCCCGCAGAGCCUUGCCGCCCACACUGGAGCGACCCACCAGACUGCCGCCGCCUGACCGACUGCCGGCAAGAGGUGCUCCGGACGGUGGACCGCCUCCCGAAGAAGGUAUAACCAGUUCAGCGAGCGAAGGCAGCGAACCCACAGACGCAGUGGAAGCCACCGAAAACACCGAAGGUGUUAGAGUAGAACUACCCGCUGAGAGACUCCUUCACGCGAGAGCUGGAUGGCUUCAGAGGCGAAGUCCUAGUGGCUGGUCGAGACACUGGUUCGUUCUUCGCGGGGCAGCUUUGUUGUACUUCAGGGAUCCUCAUGCGGAACAUCGGGGACUGAUGGAUGGGGUGAUAGACCUUAGUGGAAUUUCAAGGGUCGUUGAAAUGCCGGGCUCUGCUAAUGGAUAUGCUUUUGAGACAGUGACUUGGGAUGGCAAACACAUUGUCUUGUCAGCCGUCACAGCAGGUAUACGAGCCAACUGGGUGUCAGCUAUGCGAAGAACUGCCGGUUUACCUGAAACUGCACCACUGUCUCUCAUUUUGCGAGAAGAUUCGGUUGAUCAAGUAUCGGAAUCAUCCACUUCGCCGAUCACUCCUGUGACACCAAAUACCGGUAAAUCAGGACCAUUCUCGUCCGAUGAAGAAUAUAGAACUGCGUCCGAAGGUGGCCGCAGAGACAGUGCAGAUUGGGGAGAUGUGACUACCCAGCCUCCACCGUCUCCUAUACUUAAUCGUACUCCUAUAUCCAAAGUCAAGGAGAAGGUUCGGGCUAGAGCAUGCCUUCAACCGCAGUCUAAGCCCGAUUUGAAAGUCGAUAAAGACGAAAUCGACGCUACCAAAGAAAAAGAAAACCUCCCCCUAGACGAAGUCGAUGAAAACGAAAAGCCAAAUGAACCAAGAAAACGCAGCUAUAUUUCAACAAUAGACAAACAAACGAUCGAAAUCGAAGACCUGCGAAAGCAGCUUAAACUUGCAUUGAACGAUGUCAAUGCAGCCGAAUCCGAACUUGCGAGGCUACGUAAAUUAAAAUCUGAAGCCGCGACAAGAGAAAAGAAAAUGGAAGAAUUGGUGAUAGCUUUGCAGAAAAAAGAAGAGGAACUGUCGAUUAGGACGAAAGAAGCUGAAAACUUGGAUGCAAUAAAGCAACUUUAUAAUCAAGAUAAAAACAUGUGGGAAUCUAAAUUGACAGAGACGCAAAAAUUUUUAAAAGAAUCGACCGAACACUGUGAACUGCUGACACGGCAGCUGACCACAGCACAGGAAGCGAUUAAGCAACUGCAAAAGGAGUUGAGUGAACUAAAUGAAAAACUGUUGAGGAGUGUAAGAGAAAACGACAGCUUAUACUCAAGAAUAAGAGAACUCGAAAGCAAAGUCGUGGCCGAAUCACCGACCAGGGAAAAACGAAAAAGCAUCGGAUCACUCAGUGAUCUCAGUAAUAUAAACCAAGACUUAAAUAUAGAGUCUUUAGAGAAAAAUAGACUGAUUGAAGAGUACGUAGAAUUAAGAAGCAGAUUUUUAAAGGCUAUUCAUGAAAUUAAGGCUAUGAAGAGAGAACUUCGAGACUCGCACAACAUGUACGACGAGCUCGAGGUCACCAACACUAAACUAAGAAACGAAAUGAAACUAAGGGAGCAAUGCAGUAGCUCCGAAAUAGACCUCAUGGCAGCUCGCAUUUUAGAUUUAACUCAGAAACUAACUGCGUCGGACAAACAAGUACGAACGUUAAAGCAUAAAAUUCAAAAAACGGAAUCCAGAGAAAAGCGGCGCAGUUUAUCCUUAAAAGGAAGGGAGUCAUUUACGUUGGGUAAAGAAGUCGAAGAGAAAUUAACAGAACUGGAAAAUAAAAUUACUCUUUUAGAAACGGGAGGGUCAGUGCCAAUCAUUAAUUCUCCUUCUAAAAGUUCUUCGCCUGCCAAAGAAAAAGUGUCCAAAACUGACAGUUCCCCAGACGAUAAAAGAAUGAAGAGAUUGGCCGCGAGGCUGAGGAGAAAAUCUCUAGACAGCGCCACGAGCUCGGAGCCUAUGAAAAUGCUAGUCCGAUUGAGUUCGCUCGAAACCAAAGUAGCUUCCGCUUUAGAAACCCGUCGGGAUUUAACUAUAUCCUGCGAGUCAUUGAGUUCAGCGACGAGGUCUAGCGAGAGCCCAACGAAUAACGAUAGUCCAGAGAGUUCCACGGUGGGCACACAAUCGCAGAGGCAUCUCCUGGACAGACUUCAGAGCCUCGAGAACGUGGUGAUCCACUCGAGAAAUAAAGUUAACGAAUGUUUGUGUCAGAUGAGCGCAAUGCGAGCGGCCAAAUCGAGACGGUCCCCGUCCCCGAGCGUGGAGAAGAAGUACAGCAUCAAGGCAAUGGAGAAAUGUUUAAUGGACGUGAGUAAAAGAUUGCAAGAAUGUUUCGACAAGUGCGUGAUUGAUCCCUCCGAGCGCAACACCAGCGGCGACGGCACCGACGACGUCAACGACGGCGUCGCGCAGGUCGUGGUGCAGCUCGAGGAGCAGCUGCGCACCAAGCUGCUAGAGAUCUCGCGCAGGAAGGCGGCGCUGUACGAGGCUGGCGAGCUUACGCAGCGAAAGAGCCUCGAGAUCUUGGCCGAGAAGUUGGCCUACGAGGCCGUGCUCGUGGGCCGCAUCCAGGAGGCGCUCGAUUCCUCCGACGGGAGCAGGUUCUUCGCGAGAUUAGUCAAGUCUGAAAUCAUCGAAACUAGUCAAUUAAUCGAUAACCUCAAGUCUAAGAUCAGCGGCGACGGCAAGACGACGUCCAUCACCAAGAGCUCGCUCGACUACCUCGCGCGGAUCCUGUCGCGCAAGAUCGACGCGUCGAGGGGCCGCGAGGGGGGCGCGCGGCGCGCCGAGGUCAUCAUCCAGAGUGCCGACCUCGAGGCGCUCAAGGCGUCGCAGCGCGAGGUCGGCGAGGCCGUCGAGCGCUACAAGCGCGAGAAGCUCGGAGAGCUGUGCGCUGCGCUGGCCGGCGAGACGAGCUACGCGGCUGACAGCGACGCGGAGCGUGGCGGCGUGGAGGCGGCGCGCGUGCGCGGCGCGUGGGCGGCGGCGCGUGACGCGCUGGGAGCCGAGCUGGUGCAGGCCGAGGUGGCGCGCGCGCUGGCCCGCGCCGCGCAGCUGUGCGAGGACAGCCUGGCUGACGCGCGCCGCAGCCGCUUGGCGCUCAGCGCACAGCAUCGCGCCGACCUCGACCUAUGGUGGCAGGCGGCGCACGACCACCUGCGCUGCGAGAUGGACGCCGCCGUGCGCGACAUCGCGGCGCAGUGCCGCGCGGCUGGCGCAGGAAGCGCAGCGGGUGCAGGGGGUGGCGCUGCGCUCGACAGCCGCGCGCUGCUGGCGCAGCUGGGCGACGUGCUGGCGCGCAAGGCGCUGGUGGACGCGCGCGUGGCCGUGCUGGAGGGCACGUGGCGCGCCUCGGACGACGCGCGCGGGCGCGCCGACGCGCUGGCGUCGCUGGAGACGGACCCCGCCAGCGAAGCGGAGUUCGUGUUCCUGUUCCAGCACUUCUCGAGCGAGUGCCGCGCGCUCUUCUCCGGUGACUGUUCCGGCAACAGUGACGACUCGAUGAAGAUCGGCGACAGCUUGGCGCGCGUGGAGGCGGCGGUGGCGGCGGCGCGCCGGCGCCUCGCGCCCGACGACGAGGCGCCGGAGGACGAGGCGCCGGGCGGCGAACUGGCGGCACGGCUGGAGGCGCUGCGGCGGCGCGUGGAGGCGCUGGCGUGCCCGCAGUGCGCGCGCCUGCAGGAUGCGCUGGAGCGGCUGACGGCGGAGCGCGCGCGCUCAGAGUGCGCGCUGACGCAACAGGCGGCGGCGCUGGCGGCGGCAAGGCGCGCGCGCGCGCAGCUGCAGGCUCAGCACGAGCGUGAGCGCGUGGCGCUGCGCGAGCGUGCGCGCACGCUACAGCGACGCCUCGCCGCACUCGACUCUGAAUACUCGGCGCAGCUGGACAGUCUCCGAGCCGCUUAUCAGAGUGCGGUGUCGGCGGACACGCACGGCGACAGCCUGCGCGCGCGCUACCAGCAGGAGAUCGAGCAGCUGCGCGCGCUGUGCGAGAAGGGCUUGUUGGCGAUGGAGAGCUCGCACCGCCGCAUCGUGCGCGAGAUGGAGGACAAGCACCGUGCCGAGCGAGACCAGCUCAGGUUGGAAAAGGAGCAAGCGCUAGCAGAGGAGACGCGCGCGACGCUCGCCGCCCUGGACGCGAUGCGGAAGGCUCACGAGAACGAAGUCCGGAGGGAAGUCGACAAGUUUAAAUCCGAGUUCCUGACGCGAGGCGCACCCGAGAUAGGGCAACUUAGCUCGAGGCACCAACAAGAGAUGGAAGAGAUCAAGCGCGAGAUCCUGUCGCUAUCGGAGAAGUAUUCAGUGAAGUGCGUGGAAUCUGCGGCGCUAGAGGAGCGGCUCGCGGCCGCCAGCGCGCAGCUCGCGCAUGCGCACAACCACAUCAUGCAGCUAGACGCGAGAAAUAAACAACUCCGAGCGCACAUAAUGUCCGAGGCCAACGAAAUGAAGAAUUCCGAAGCUUCCUCGCUCGCGCAGUUCAUCGACGACUCCCCACCGCAUGGGGCGGAGGCGCCGCUGUGGACGCACCUGCGACGCCUGGCCGCCGCCUGGCAGGGCUCCGACACAGGGGAAGUCCCCGCGCUCGCGCGCGCCGCCGUCGCCGUUCGCGAGCCCGGAGACCACGCGCAGCUUGCAGAUGUCCCCCGUACAGAACUAAAAUCAAGUCGCACUGGACCCCUCGCGGGUGUGGUCGCAGAACGCAAGAAACGGUUCGAGACAUAGCAGCCAACACACGGACGAACAUAUUUACUCCACGUCGAGUUCCACCUCCCCAUCAUACGAAGAAACACUAAAGCUUGUCGCAUAUAGGAGAACUUUAUCGCACGUACGACUUCUGCCUACGAUACGAUAUUUUAUAUUUUUCAUAUGAACAGAGUGCUUAUUCUAAUUGCGUUUUUAUCUGUAAAGAUAAAAUAAUUUUGACGGUUUUAAAAUUGAUUUAAAGAUCAUCAUAGAAUACGUAUGUAUACCAGGAGAGUUGGAAAAAAAAUUACUUUUAUUUAGAACAGAAUUAUAAAGAUGUUUAAAACGAUUGAAAAUUUAAAACACUUGUUUUAUAUACUUAACAAAAUGUUCAACUCAAUGCCAACCCUGCUGUGUACGCAUGACUAUUAGGUACUUAGUUUGCGAACUAAGACAUUAGUUUUGUGAGUUUUCGUAAAUAUUUGCAAAGCUUAAUUUCAUAUGGAAACGCAUUGAAAGUGCGGCGAGCCUAACUAGUUAAUAUAUAGGUGGAACCGUAUUUAAUAUAUUGACAUUUACACUGCGUUUGCACUUAACGGUUUACUUAAUAGUUUUCAGUGGCGUAUGGAAACUACUGAGUGUGUUUAUGCCUUUAAACUUUAUAUUAUUCGAAAGUUUCGAUUAAACCGUAUAGUGUAAAGGCAGUGUUAAAGCGUUUCCACAUUAUACGAUCCGACAUACCGAAUCGGAUGUGAUGGCGCCUGUACGCAACGAGUCACAAGAACGCUCCCACCCACGCUAGCACCUGGCCACUUUGCUUGAUGUCAUUAUACCCAUUUAUACUUAUAUUAUUAUGUAAUCUUAUAAUGAAAUCGUAGGUAAUUAAUAAAAUUAUAACAAUUUCAUAAAAAUAUUAAGUAAUAAAUCCUUUAUGGCGAUAAAAUAACGAUUUUUAGAUAUAAAACUCAUAUUACAUAUCUAGGUUUUGAAUGCAGAUUUUUAGUUAUAUAACUCGUGUCUUAUAAUAAACCUCUCACUUACUCUAUACCUGUGCAUAGUGUGUGAGUGAGACGGCAUGACUAGCGCCGCUUCGUUUCAAUAGUUUUUUUUUGGCACGAGUUAUACUGUUAUUAAUAUAUUGAGAGCGUGUUUAAGUCUUAAUAUUUAUAUUUAAGUUAUUAAACUAAGACCAAUGAGACUUGCUCUUCGAGAAGUGGCCAGAACGUUUAACCUCCCACCCACCACAUAAAAUUGUAUAUAACUUUGUUUGAAUUGUUUUUUUUACUUAAUUUUAAUUAACUAUUAAUGGAGUGUAUAUUACUUUCUAAGCCUUCUUCUCCUCCCUAUUGAUUUUUGAAGUUAUGCUACUGAAUACUAUUACAUUUUUAAAUGACCUAGUUCAUUUUUAUAACUUUAAAAAAAUAACCUGUGAAUCGUAAUAGAUUUGUGUAUGGUAGCAUAAUUUUAUAAAAUAGCCCAAAAGGUCAAUAGACCGUUUUCUUUUUCAUAAACUUAGGGCACACACACACAAGCGACUUUUGUCGCCGCUACAGAUUUUCACACAACAUUUAAAUUAUUAUUGUAAUUAUAGGUAGUUACAAUAAUACUUAUAAGACUUAGAAGUCUCACAGGUAUAGCAAUGUACGCGUAAAUACUAGUACACAUGUAAAGAAAACUCGAUGAAGAUCCAAGUCGCUUGUGUGUCCGCCCCAAUUUAGCCGUAGAUUUGGGUUAGUGAUGUAUCAAUUAUGUAAAAUUGUAGCAUUGUGUAAAUACUCAGGGCCCGCUCUAUAGUUGUUCGCUGUCCAUUUUAUCUUAUAAGGAGUUUGUUACCAAAUAUUUCUUAUUUAUGAGUUUUUUUGACAUUUCGCGUUUCCCGCGUGAUUUAUUUGGGAGACAUGGCUGUGUACAUUUCGAGUGGAUUCUUAUUGAUGUUGGAUAGGCCUUAUAACUAGUUUAUUUUAAACUUGUUGGAUUUAAAUGUUGAUUAUUAUACUUUUAGGCCCAUAGAUGGAAAAGCUUGCUGUUACUUUGAUACCUAAAAAUAAACGCUAAACAGUUAUCCAAAAAAGAAGGUAGAUAAUAUAUUGAACACCUUGCCUUAGAAGGAUAUUUAAAGAGGUUUUUAAGACCCAAGAACUUAAAAUAAAUGCGUUGUAAUGUUUAUAAGUUAAAAGAAUAGAUAUAGAAAGUAUAAGUGCAUAGCUGUGUCUCCCUUUAGUUUUUAAUAAGUACCCCCUUGUUUAUUAUUUUUGUAGAUUUAUAAACAUAGAUUUAUAUACUUACAUUUAUGUAUUCGGAUAUGGGAGAUAUUAUGUAUUUGAGUUAAAAGAUUUUGAAGACAUGUAUUCAAAUAAACUAUUACGAAAUAUUUGAUAUCUUGAAUUAUUUUGUAAUAGGCAUGUACUUUGAGAGGCAUAUAAUUAUUAUAUUUUGUUUUUUAACAUUUAACACGUUAUGUUAGAGAGUUUAGUUUUGGCAUCACCUUGUGUUUCAUAGUAGUGGCUUACCAAACUCGGCUACCUAUUUUUAGGUUAGAAGCUGUUCGGAUGAGAAAUAAUAUUUUAAUUUUUAAGUAACACAGCAUGAUUAUAAAGUUAACGAACUUUUUUGUAUUUUCUUCGUUUUCAUUUUGUAAGGAAAUUAUCAACGAAAAAAGAAAUUACCAACGUUUUCAAGGUAAUUUUCAUUGGCAAACGAGAUAUCGAACACCAUAUACACGAGAACUAUGGACGGCUAAAAACACUGUCAAUAUCAGUCGGCAUCCGAGUGUGGCGAGUCACUUAUCACUGCGUGUGUUUGUUACCAUAUUUUCCGUACUGGGCAUUUGUGUUGUCUUCCACUCACCAUUUCACCUUGUGCUAUUAACACCCCACGAUACGACUGGCGAGCGACAUGGCAUAUUGAUUCUAAUGACUGUCUGUAAACUUUUAGAGUAACUGCGUCUUUUUCUUUUCAAUAUUGUCAAACAAGGAUAGAAAACAAACGAUAUUAACAAUUUAAAAUUUUAGUGCUCCCUUGCUCUGAAUUUAAAAAAACCACGCUCAUGACUGGCAACUACGUUAUCUACAAGGAUUGACGAUUGACAGUUCUAAACUAAGAUAGGUUUAUCUGUAAUUAUUCUUCUUGUUACAUUGGUGAGAAAACGAUAUGCUCAAUCUAUCUAUGGCACCCGAAUCAGUAUCAAUAAGCCUUAAGACGAUCGCACAGUACAGUUAGCGCCGAAAGAAAUGCAUUUUCCAAACUGGAAAUUCACACAGAGGUCAUCCACACUUAUUUAGUAAAUUCGAAUUGCCAAAUCUGAAAGAAAAAAUUUCCGCGACUGUAAUGUGUGAUCAGCAUUAAUGCAAUAAUAUCCCUAGUACGAGAUUUGACAGUAUGAAAGGAUUCGAUAUCAAGUUCCUCCCAUACGCACCGCCGCGAAGAUAUUGAUGAAAAUACAUACAAAAACAAAGUCCUGAAAAUGCCGGCAUCACAUCGGCGGUUCCUCUGGUACUGCAAAUGUUCAUGGGAGGCGGUAACCACUUAACAUCAGGUGACCCGCCUGCUCGUUUGUCCGCUAUUUUUAUUAACGUGACGUAGGCAAUGAUUUUUGGGAUAAUACAAAGUUGUACUAGGUGGUAUUAAACCUGGCAUGGCCACCACUAACACUGUAAGGUUUUGUUGACUUUGAAUCGAAAAAAAAAGUUAAUCCAUGUGAACGUGCAUUACCUAAAUAUUUCUAGGUUGUGGUCAUGCAGGGAGACGUCGCUCAAAAGUCUAGUGUAUCAAAAUUGUACGCAUAUUAUACUUAACUACUGGACGUUCGCGGAAGACUGUUAUUCGUGUAAUGGAAAUUGAAUAUCAAAUAUUAAAAAAGUUUCUUGAAAAAGUUAAAAUUCAAUUGAAGUAUGGUGUGCUAGUGGCUGAAAAAUGAAUUAACAGCGAAUCAUAAAAUUAUGAUAAUAAGUGCAUUUCAUGGAGGCAAUAAGGCACUAUCAUUUAAUUUUAUUUGUGUCUAAAAUCAAAAUUGCAAGCAGAGUUGCAUUUUGCAGAAGUUUGAUCAUUUUUAUUCUUAUUACCAUUACACAAAUACCUUUUUAUAUUAUAAUCUACUUAUCAUGUUAUUGUAUCUCCCCUCUACUGUAGUAGUUGACGUUGUAAAGUGUUGGUUUAUAUAACAAAGAUUUUUAAAUAAACUACUUAAUACAAA